AUUUUAUGAUUCCAUGGUUUUGCUUGUUUGUUUUACUGUAUGACUGAUGAAUAGAUCAUAGAUGAGACAGAUUUUUUGUUUUUUGUUUGUGUGUAUACUAUUGACAUAUUGUACGUUUGAUUGUUUGGUUCCUAACCCAGUAACCCUUUCAAGUUUCAACGAGUGUUGUUGAAGUUUUACAAAGUUUUUUCUUAUUGUUCUUAGUGAAUCAAUUAUUAGUUAUAGUCUUACAUAGUUGUUAUUUACUAGUUCAACCAAACUAAACAGUAGCCACCAUACUUGAUUAUAACAAUUGUCACUGUGAAUAGUAUUUGCUUCCGAUUAAAUUUCAUGCUUGUUUAUUUUCAGGUUGCUAUAUCAUGGCUCUAAUUAGGAGGUAUCCUUCAGGGGCUAAAAAAAGAAAAUAGAAAAAAAAGAUGCAUUGGCUAAAGUUCAAUCUGGAUCUAUCAACAAGUACUUCAAGACAAAUAAGGAACAAGAACUGAGAGGUACUGAUGAGAAUGUCCAUGAGAAUGAGAAUGAUAAUGCAGAUGUUAUUGGUAAUAGGGAAUAACCAAAUCUCAGAGUGAAUGAGGAAGAAAGAAUUAUUGCUGAAGAUGAUAAACAAGAUGCAGAUGAUAGAGGUAGUAUAGAAGAACCAGGUCUCAAAGUGAAUGAGGAAGAAAAAUUAUUGCUGAAGAUGAUCAACAAGAUGCAGAUGAUAGUAGUACUAUGGAAGAACGAGAUCUCAUAGUGAAUGAGGAAGAAAUAAUUGUUGUCGAAGAUGAUCAACAAGAUUCAACUGCUGCAUUUGAUUUACCAUUCAAUGUUGAUGAUCCAGGAAAUUGGGAGAAGAUAAAACAAAAUGUCUGAGAUUUUUUAGUCGAAAGAGGUCCUAAAAGAGAGACUGAUUUGACCUUUCCAGAAGAUGUCAUGGGGAGACAUUUCAGUUUCAAACAUUAUUUUCGUGUCUUAUCUAAUGGUGAAAAGAAGAACAGAAGGUGGUUAGUGUACUCAAUUUAUUUAGACAAGGUAUUCUGUUUUUGUUAUAAAUUGUUCAACCAAAAUCACAACAAAACUUUGUUGGGUCAAUUUGCUAAUGAAAAUGUGAGUGUCAGACUUGCAAGUCAUGAAAAAAGUAAGCAUCACCUUGGUUGCUUUACUAGUUGGAUUGAACUUGAAACAAGUAUUAAAAAAUAAUUCAACAAUUAUUGAAAAAUAAUUCAACAAUUGACCAUGGUUUGGAGGAACAAACAAAGAAUGAGAGAGAGCAUUGAAGACAAGUACUACUAUUGAGAAUCAUGGCGGUUGUGAAAAGACUUGCAAAAAACAAUUUGGCAUUUUGUGGGAGCAAUGAGAAAUUGUGUGAGGAGAACAAUGGGGUUUUCUUACAAGUGAUUGAGAUGAUCGCUGAGUUUGAUCCAGUGAUGCAUGAACAUGUUCGGCGUGUUUUUAAAAAAGAAACUCAUUACCAUUACUUGAGUCAUAAGAUCCAGAAUGAAAUGAUUCAGCUUCUAGCAAAUGAGGUAAAAGCUUCCAUAGUUACAGCAAUCAAAGAGGCAAAAUACUUUUCAGUUAUACUUGAUUGCACUCUAAAUGCGAGCCAUGAGGAACAAAUGUCGUUUGUUGGCCGGUGUGUUGAUGUUACAGCAAGUCCUAUUGUGGUGAAAGAAUACUUUUUGGUAUUUUUAAAGGGGGAUGAUACAUCAGGACUUGGACGUACUGUUAGUGAUGAUUAUGACAAUAUUGGGCGUGAUCUAUUUUAUGAGUUGCGCUACUUGAAAAGAGCUAUACCAAAAGAGGCAAAAAGAGCAAUUGAUGUAUAUAUUGAACUAUUUGAGGCAAAAGGAUGA